AUACAGCCAGUGGGCACCGCCUUCGUCAGUGUUUCGUUAACAGCUAAGCGGUGAAGAUCGCGAGUUUGAGCGAAUUUAACGAAAUUUCAUUGAACAAGAGUAUCCUGUUACAUAUCUUGGUGCAUUACCACUAAUCAAGCUAAAUCAUCGCAAAAUGUCUUUGGCACCAUUGCUGUUUUCUGACUGGUGGGAAACGUUGGAUCGGCCGCAUCGUCUGCUAGAUCAGAAUUUCGGAUUGGGUCUCAACCCGGAACAAUUAACGCCGCCAAGUCGAGUGGAAAUAUAUAUACAACCACGAAAAAGGAAUGCUUACGUUAGGAGACCAUGGAGUGAAUCGAUAUUCUUUAACGAUAGAGGCAUCUCGACUGUUCAAGCACAUAAGGACAAGUUCCAAGUCAUGCUCGAUGUUCAACAAUUUGAACCAAACGAAAUUGACGUUAAGGUUGUUGAGAAGUUUGUCAUCGUUAGCGCAAAACAUGAAGAGAAGCGGGACGAUCAUGGCUGGGUUUCUCGUCAAUUUGUUAGAAAAUAUCUGAUUCCAGAACAAUGUAACAUUGAUCAAGUCAUAUCGCAGUUGUCGACAGAUGGUGUCCUUAGUAUUAACGCUCCAAAAAAGGAUCAAAAAACCAUGGAAAACGAACGAGUAAUAAAGAUAGAGCAGACUGGCAAGCCAGCAAUGCAACUGAAGCCACCUAAGCGGCAACCAAUGAAGCAAACUGAAGAAAAAGAAGAGCAUUAAAAAUUCUAUUAUUAUCAUAUUCUAUCUCUAAUGGUAAAAUUCUACCAUUUAUUAUAUUUCCUAUUUAAUAUAACAAUUGUGUAUUUAUCGUUCGAUAUAAAUUAUAACGAACAACAUUGUCAUAUUCUUGUCGUUGCAUUUACAUUAACUAUUAUGUGAAUAUUAGUUAAUA